CAAUCCUGCAAACAAGUGGAUGUGAGGACCAAGAUACGGGUUAAUGUGGUAUGAUACGCGUCCUGACUCCAGAUAAAAAAUGUUCGUCAUUGAUGUUCAGUGUUUACAUUGAAAAAUGGACAUUUGCUGUACUGUGACUUCAAGGCCGGACUAGGGUGGUAUGCUAGGCCGUCUAUGGGAGUGCAGUGGCCGUAAAAAUACCUGAGUAGGCUUUGACGCGCCCUGCCAACACAGGUUUUGUGUGCACCAUGGAUAGCAGUGAUGAUGAUGACUUCUUCAGUUACACACCACUGUGUAGAUUGCAGGCUCCAACAAGGGACUUAAAGGCAGACUUAAAGCCAUCAAAGCUCUCCUUAUCAUUUAGAAGCAGCCAGACUACCAAUAACAAAUCAGAGAUAAAAAGAACACCAUCAGAAAUUGAAUCAGCUUCCUCAGAAAUGAAAGUGACUCCUUUAAAAACCAAAACAACUCCAUCAAAAUCCAGCAAGACCAGAAAAAGGAAGGGCACUCCAAUCAAAUCAAGAGCAGAUCACCCUGAGGAAAACUGUUCUAUUGCCGAGCUUGCCCAGUGGCAUUUUCUCUAUGGGUCUCAGUCUAGUAAAAUAGAGAAACCUACUCCUCAGAAAAGAAGGAAUGAUUCGGAAGGAGAAUCUUCGAGGGAUUCUCUUGCAUCAGGUUCACAGUACAAGAAAAAAAAUGGUUCAGAGGAGUGUGUACCUCACAGUACAAAUGAGGGGCAACAUGAACAGAGGUGUCUGCAUUGCAGGUUUCCAUUUAACACAGACUCGGAGAAUUCAGUCCAUUCCAUUCUCUGCAGUGCCACGGAUCUAUCAAGCCUGCCCAGAUGUCAUGCAGGAAGCCAGUGUCAGGAAGAAAAAGAGGAACAUUUCUUGAUAUUUAAUCACAGUGAAGAAUCCUUAGAUACAAAACUGCUUUGCAAUGAUGUAAACUCAAACACAGUCAGAGAUUCACUUGUGAAGACAAAUAUUCAUCAUUCUGUUAGCAUUGACUCCAGGCAUGAUGGUGCUGCUGGUCCAUCGUCAUCUUGGGUGCCUUCUGUGGUUGCUGCAUCUGUUGAUAAAUUCCCAGAUGUUGUUUUGCUUUCUAAUGAUGAGGGAAGUUCUCCCUCUGAUAAGGCUGAUAGUGUGCCCUUGUUUGAUCUGGAGAAAAAUGAGGAUCAUGAACCAUCCUUGGAUAAAAAAUGUGUAACCAAUGAGAACCAAGAUCACAAAGCACCCCUGGAUAAAGAACAUGUAACCAGUGAAAAGACUUCUGACUCCAGGAAUUUGUGGGACUCUGUCUUAACACCUGAUGUUGACUUGUUUGAAGAUGAUCAGGAAACGGUGUGCUUUGGUGAGCGAAGUCCUAGGCACUCUCCCUCCUUUGCAGAGGAAGAGAGACAGGAAAACCAAAAGUCCCCAUUGGAUUGCAUGCAUGGUAACAGUUCUGGAUCAGAAAGAUUUGAUUUAAAAAUCAGUGAAACUGCAGCAAAUGCAUUAGAGGAUCCUGAAGGAGACGAGUUAAUUGCCAGCUUGUCAGAGGAAGCAAUAAAUCAGUUUGCGAUGCCUGCAUUAGAAAAGGUCAUGAAGUGGAGAAAGAAUUGUAAAGAAGCACAUACCAGUCUUCCAACCAAUGAAAACAACCAAACUACUAGAUUUAAAAAAACUCCUCAGAAUACAGUUGUCCAACCAAUUUGUAUUCACUUACACUACCAUGAAGCAAGUCCUGCCCCAUCACACACCAGAGAGAGUGGUCAGGCAAGCAUUCUGAAUUAUUUCUCACCAACAAAGUCCAAAGAGGAAAACUGUCCAUGCAGUGAAAGGAAAACAGUUUCAAAGCAGGAAAGCAUUGCGCUUUGGCAGAAAUUGAUGAGUUGUACACAGAAGAAAAGCCUUAAACCUCUGCCAUCUGUCUCGCAAAGCAGUUUCUCUGAGAAUUCUUCACAUCUGUUGCCCAAAACUCAAGAGAGAAAUAAUAGCACCAGGCAGAGGUGGGGAAGGGGAGGCACUGCACAGCCAAAAACUUGUCCCUUCUAUAAAUUCAUUCCAGAUACAAACUUUGUUGUGGACGCCUUCAGCUACGGCUCUGUGGAUGGGGUGACAGCAUACUUCCUGAGCCACUUCCAUUAUGACCACUACUGUGGCCUGCAAAGGAACUUCACUCAUCCUAUUUAUUGUAGUGAAAUCACUGCAAGACUUGUCAAUAAAAGACUAGGAGUGCCUCUCCAGUACUUGAAUCCACUCACCAUGUGGAAGCCACAUGUGGUGCAUGGUGUGGAAGUGACACUGCUUGAUGCCAACCAUUGCCCAGGGGCUGUGAUGUUUCUGUUCAAGGUAAAGCCAGGUGUCAGACACUUGCAUGUUGGAGACUUCCGCGCCCAGCCCUCCAUGGAGAGAUACCCGGCCCUACAGUGUCCCAUCCACUCUCUCUUCUUGGAUACCACUUAUUGUUCUCCAGAGCAUGUUUUCCCAACUCAAGAAAAGAUGAUUGAGAAGUGUGUAUCACUGGCUCAGGAUCACCAUCUGAGGAAUGCCAAGACGCUCUUUGUUGUUGGCUCAUACACAAUAGGAAAAGAGAAGGUAUUUAAAGCUAUAGCAUCAAAUCUGAAUUGCUCAAUAUGGGUAAGGGACUACAAGAAACAGGUCCUGAACUGUAUUAAUGACAAAGAGAUCCUAGCAAGACUCACCCAGAGCAGAACAAGUGCCAUGGUGCAUGUUCUACCCAUGUCUGAAGUAAAAGGACCGAAACUAAAGGAUUACUUAAAUCAGUUAAGGAAUACCUUCACUGAAAUAGUGGGAAUGUGUCCCACUGGCUGGGAAUUCACAUCCAGUAGUGGAGUGGAUGACAUCUCCUCAGAGCAUCCCUAUCCUGAUGUCCACAUUUAUGGGAUCCCUUACUCAGAGCACUCAAGCUUCAGUGAACUGAGGCGAUUUGUGCAGUUCAUAAAACCGAAGAAAAUAAUCCCUACUGUCAAUAAUGGAAACCAGGCAAGCAGGAAGAAGAUGGAACGACACUUCCAGGAGUGGCAAACUAAAAGACUUCUCUUUUCCUGAUGUGGAGAUGUCUCUUUUAUUCAUCUAACAGACUUAUGUUCCUUAUGAAUGAAGAGGGUUGCUGAAAUAGGGUGCCAUCUACACACAAUUACACAUCGAGGUCUCUAGACAUCUGAGGACUGAUCAAAUCUGAUUUAUUUUUAUACUUUCUUUUUUCUCUCUCUCCAGUAAUCAUGUUUGCUUGUGUGGCAACAAGUUAUCCAUGAUUAUUACUAAUAAGUUUCUGCUGCUGCAAUUUUAUCAUUAUUUGACAUGUAUGUGGAAGUUUAUGUGUCUUUAAGCAUUUGAGUGGUAGCCCUUCUUUGAAAUCUUUAUGGUACAUCCACUUCUGAUAAGUCAUUUCAUCAAAUUCUAACUGGUUAUUGUACAUAUCUUCUUUGUUUUUUACAUAUAUGAGGCAUUGAUUUGAGAUACUAACUUAUUAAAGAGAACUUCAGAGGAUGAUGUAUGUGUGUGUGUGUGUGUGUGUGUGUGUGUGUUAUGCAAACAGAAGAUGAAUGUUGGCAAAAAUAAGGAGAUGGAUUUCAGGAGGUGCAGAUAGGAUAGGAAGGCCACUUGGUAGAUGGAAGGAUAUGGUAAAAACAAGCAUUAAUAGAGGCCAAGUGCAUUAAAAAAAAAAAAAAAAGUAAGGAGUGUUUGUACAGGGAGAGGCAAAUGUGUUUCUUCCAUGACCACCACCUUGGAGAAGGUUGGCAUUAUAUAUUGAUAGAUUCAAGGUUAUGCAAAACAGGUGAAGUGGACAUAUAUUACUUUUAAAUAUUUAAAUAUAUUGAUAAUUUAAUCUGUCUGUGAACAAAAGAUGUAUGUGAAUACUUAUUUUAUAAAGCAUUAUGAAAUUUUAACCUCUGUUUGAGGAAGGAUAGAGGGCAUAUAAAAGAUUUAAAGGAGUGUGACAGGAAGAGAGAGGGAAAGGAGUGUACAGGGAAAAGGAGAGUCAGGAGAUUACCUAGGAACUUUAAUGUUAUGGCUGUGCACUUUUAAGUCCUUGGAGAGUGAUGAGAUGUUGGAAAUAUAAUCUGAAUAUGAAUAUUAAUUAUAUGCAUAACCUCUUUAAUCUUUCAUGAGCAGUACAAAGUGUAAAUUUCAAUUAAGCCAAAGAUUUGCAUUAAUCAUUGCAUGAAGAUUUUAAACAUUAAAGAGAAGCCUUGGAGUAGACUUAGCUUAAGACCAGCUUGAAAUAUCUUUUGGUUUUAUAAUGUUAACCCUCUCAGUGGUAAAUGUUUGUAGCAAGCAGUAGCAUCAUUUGCUGGUGGUACUAAGUCCUCGCUGCAGCUUCUAAUCACACUUAAAUUUCCCAUGUAUGAGCUUGUUCCAACAAUAUUUUACAAACCACCUCUCAUCCCCCCAGCAUUGCCAUCUCUGGAUUUUCCACUAAUUUUGGUGGAAGGUUAUAUCAGUCUACCAUAGAAAAUCAGUGGACGAGUAACUGGCAGAUGUUUUUGUCUAAUAUAGUGGCACUUUUGCAUGGCUUACCUAUCACCUGAUUUAUUUUUUGACCAUAUAGUUGUGAAUUUUGCAGUUGGCAAUACUACCCUGCCAACACUCCUUCAAGCAUCAUAUCUACUCCAUUCUCUCAAUGUGGCUGGCCACUGUGGUCGUGAACAGAUGAAGUGUUCACAGACAACACCCCUGAACAUACCUGCACGUUUGCAGAAAAGACGUUGCUUGCCUGUUUGGAACAUUAGCUACAAUGCAUAGUUUUAGAUAGCUAUUGUGUAAACAGUGGUCGAGUGGCCUAAGUGACCUUUGGUGCAAUGUCACCACCCCAUAAUUCACCACUGUGUAAUUUUUCAUGCAUAAUUCAUUGUAAAAGUAUCCAG